GUCAGUAUUGCGCGACCAAGGUUAAGUUUGAAGUUAAGGAGAAGGCCUAAUCAAGAAGCCGUUCAUCAUCAUCACAACUCUCAAGCUAGUGUGCUGUUCCAUCCAUUUACAUCUACCGCGGUUUCGCAAGUUUAUCUUCAAUUUCGACCAGAAACAAAAAGGAAUUGUCUACGCGAGGCGGAAGAUGUCCAAAUUGCUAAAUCUGAAGUUUGUGGACCCGUCAUGUAUGUGGGCCCGGUUGGUUGCCCCCGGUGGCGUGGAAGAGGUCGGUGACCAGCAAUACAAUGAGCUAUUUAAUCUCAUGAACCGCUUCUAUGAUGAUGUCACCACGGAGUCGGAGGUGCGUGAGGUGACACCUUGCUUGGAGGUGGGACAGUUGUGUGUGGUGUACUGGUCCUCUAUGAAGAUCUGGUGCCGAGCCCAGCUGGAGUCCAUUAACUUGAAGUCAAACUAUGCAUGCUGUUACCCACUGGACCAUGGAGAACCUUUGGUUGUCGUCUUGAGCCUAAUUCGACACAUUGAGCAAGAGUUCCUCCAGCUGCCAUUCCGGAUGAGGAGGCUUCACUUGGCGAGGGUCAGGCCCCUGACACUGGAAGUGUCUUUAUACGAAAAGGCCAAGCUGGUACCCUCUAGUUGCUGGGAUAGCUCGGUAACAUCUUACAUGUUGGACCUUGUAAAGAGCUCCAGUCAGACAGAGGCUGUACUGCUAAAGGAGGAUUCCAUCCACUCCACUGCCAUCGAGCUCUACGUGAGCAUUGGGAGCAUCAAGAUUUGUGUGAAUGAUGAGCUUGUGGCCAAAAGGUUUGCCAUUUAUUGUCAAGACGUGGCCAACAUCAAGAAGUUGGAGCAAAUCAAUGUUCAGCAUUUUAGGUAUGGCUACAGGACAGCUGCCGGGAAGCCCCCAGUGUCAUUAACACAAGAGGAAACCGCUCCCCCUCCAGUGACACAGCAAGCUGGACUGGAAGCCUGUGAUCGAAGGACGACGCCCUCUCAGAACCCAGUGCGUGGUAUCAGUACAAAGGUCACAGGUGGACAAGAGUUGCCAAACAGCCAAUCCAAGAGGCAUUCAGUAGAGGAUCCGGAUGCCUCCUUGGCUGCUGCGUUCAACUCCCACCUCACUUUGUUGCGGUUGAUGAGGUUCCUCAACCCACGUGGCAGCUUAAAGGAGGCUGAGACGAGUGUGAGUCAACCUGAGGAGCUGAAAGAUUAUUCACCUCAACAUUCGUCCAACACCUUAGAGGAUGUCGAGCUGCCUUCUGACCAGUCGGAUGUGAUUAAGAAGAGCAACGACAACUGGGCAUGUGCAAGACUACUGGAGUUGCUGAAUCCUCAGCCUCUGAAAUUCAUUUCAGAGGAUGCUGAUAAUGACUUGGUUCUUCCGAGUUUUCCAAAGACGGGCGACAUUCUGGUCGACUCAUUUCUCACGACAGAGUCAUGCUCAAGCUUGGAUGAUGCCCCCAUCACCGACCCCCUCCGCAGGAUGUUGCAGAGGAAGCAAUUUAGCCUCUCUCAGGUGGACCUUGUCAGCUGGCCCUCCAUUGCACGUGGUAACAACACCUUGGUGAUUUCAUACACUGGUGACCUACCCCAAAGCUACCUGGUCCCCUUCCUCAGCCACAUGCAACUUAGCACCAUCUUUUCAAUCUCUUCAUCCAGAGCGGGCCCUGUAGCAGUGGUGCUGUGUCCCAGCUGGAAGAAGGUUGAGUUGGUGUGCGACCUUCUGGAGGAUCGCACGAUUUCCCACAGAUUCAAGCCAACCAGUGUGCUACUGGGUGCUGCUGACGGCGAGGCAAAAGCCUUCAAGAUUCCAAAAGACUGCCUGCUGAUAGUGACCACGCCAUUCAGCUUGUUUCGUCUCCUUUCGUGUCACUGCUUUAUGUUCCUGCGUUUAGGCCACCUUGUGCUUGAUGAAGCUGACCAGCUAUUUACACUGGCUCCAGACCAGAUGGAGAAAAUUUUGCAGCAUUUUAAGCAGGUCAUCUCCCGCCCAGAAAUGUCCUCCAGUCCGCAGCAGCUGGUUGCCGUGGCUAAGCGGUGGACGAGCCACAUGGAGGCUUUGGUGGCCAAUCACAUGCCGCAUGCUUGCGUUGUCAUAGCAGUCCCUGAAGAAGCUGCACUCUAUGGAAAUGUCAAUCAGGUUGUCUGUAUGACCUUGGAGAGCAACAAGAUUGCCGCACUCUUGAGUGCUUUAGAUUUCAGGCGUGACACGAAACAGAAAACUCUCAUUAUCUGCAAUUCUGAUGAAGAGGUUGAAGACGUAUUCAAGGCUGUGUGCAGUAAGUCAGCGUUUUGCCUGAAGGCUCACAAGGGUUUAACACACAAGUUUGACUUCAUGCUCCAGCAGUGGGCGAAAAGUAUCGGCCCUGGCACACACGUCAUUCUGGUUACUACGAGCGAGUGCCUGACGUCUUUCAGGAUAGCAGAUGCCACCUGUGUGGUCCACUUCAGUUUCCCCAGUUCACCCAGAACGUUUGGAACCAGACUCUUGCGCAUGAGCAGCCACUACAAAAAGUUUACAGGCACUGAGUCAACAGCAAGAGUUACUACUGCCUGCAAAUCCUUGCUGCUCGUCUCUGAGAAGAACUCGCAGCACAUUGGUGGCCUGGUGCGCUACCUCAGACGAAGCCAAGCUCUGCUUCCCGCAGAGUUACUCUCCUUCGCAGAGGCCACCAACGUCAACCGAGAGGAGCACAAGACCAACCGGCCACUUUGUCUACAACUGAAGAGCUUUGGAGUGUGCAGGUUCAACACUACAUGUCCUGACCGCCACAGGCUAAUUCCUCAGCUGGACCAGUCCGAUCUUCCUGAUUCUGGAUUUAUAGAGGUGUUGCCUCUCAUCGUCAGGACAGCGUCAGUUUUUUAUGGGCGUCUAGUCCAGAAGGACGACAGCGUGUUUGACAGCAUGGCAGCUGGCAUGGCGUCUUACUAUGCUGACAGUAAACCGUGUCCUGAGGAGGUGCUACUAGGAUGCAUGUACGCUGUGGAGGAAGACAACGGCUUUCACAGGGUGAAGGUCUUAACUGCCCCAGACACUGAAGGCCGCCUAUUUUUCAUGGUCCAUGUUUGCUUUAUUGACAUUGGAAAAGAGCAAGAAGUCAAAUCCCAGCAGCUCCUGCGACUCCCAGAGGAGUUCCAGUCUUUGCCUGGCCAGGGGGUGGAGAUGAUAUUGUGCCAGGUGAAGCCUGGUGAUGCCGAGGUUGACUGGCAUCCCAAGGUGACCAGAGCUGUCUCCAAGAAGAUACAAGGGGUGAAGCACCGAGCCAGAGCCGUCUUUAGUCUGGGAAACACAGUCUUUCUGGAUAUGUUUGUUCGUGAGACUCGGCUGCCAGAUAUGAAGACUGUCAUCAGCGAGUACAAUGUUCCCACAUUCAUUAUGAACACGGGCAUGGCAGAACGAAACCUGGAUCAUCUGGACCAGUUGAAGGUGCUGUGUCAGGAAGGAACAACGUAUACUGAAUGCAGUGGGAAUAGAGACACUCUGGCCAUGCCUGAGUCCUUCCAGAUGAGCAAAACCGUUGAAGGAGAAGAGGAACUCGAUGUGUCAGAACAAAAGCCAAUUUCUUUGUUCCAGGAAGCAGAUGACGAGACAAACAUCAAAAUUUCCCAUCCCAGCAAAGCUGAAAUUGAUCCUGACAAAACAACAGCCAGACAGACACCUCUUUGUAACAACAACGAAAAUGGUAUUCCUGCUGGGGAUGAACAAAGCAUCCAACUGCUCAACGAAUGCCAUGGAGAUGGUCACAUAACAAAGAGUUUACACCCUCAGGUCUGCUGGCACCAGACGUCCACAUCCUUGACCGUCACGCUUAGGCUGAAGAACCCACUGAGCCAGCGCUGCAGCUUCUAUGCCGACCGCGCAGUGUACAGUGGCAGCGUGAAUGGUCGGCACUACGGAGUGAAUCUGGAUCUCCACGCGCGCGUGCUGCCUGAGCGCUGCAGCUGUGAGCUUAAGUCCAACGAGCCUGUCCUCACACUGCUCAAAUGCGAACCAGGCUACUGGCCCAAGCUUCUCAGGAGCAAGAACAUUUUUGUGAGUUACGACAUGGACCACCUGGAGGAGGAGGAGCAUGCUGUGUCAUCACAUGGUGAAGUGUUCAUUGGAGACAGGGGUGAAAAGCACCAGUUUGUCGAUGAAGACAGCGACUCCUCAUGCUGAAGGUCAAACGUCAGCACACUUGUCCUUUUCUACUGCAAGGGAACCUCCACUUAGGCCAAAUAAUGUGAAAGUUCAUUGAUGACUGUUUUUUUUUCAUAUUUUGGGGGGACACAAUAAGACAAGCUUUCUUAAUUUAUACACUGCAUUUACAUGCUUGUUGGAAUUGAACCUAGUUUUUCUGUGCUGCAUAAAACUUUCCGAGCUUUUACCAGAAGAAUUGAUUCAAAAAAGUACAUUGUAGGCUUCAGAUGCUGUGACUUGGAAAUGUUCUAAUUGGCAAUUAGUCAGAGACUACUGUAGGCUAUUGCAUAGUUGAGCCUAAUUUCUUGACUACAACACGCACUGUUGCAUUGCUCCCCAAUAUCCUCCUUCAAAAGCGUUUUUGUCUCUGAACUGGUCGCUCCCUGAUUUGUUGUCCAUUAUCUAAAUAUAUGUACUUCAAACUUUUUUUCUUUUUUAAACCACCUAAAGUUCAAAAGCGCUAUUUCUGUGUUCUCAAACCGGUCACCGUGUUAACAUGGGUGACUGAGAAGCUUUAACUAGGAAACUCAAGAAAAGUGCUCUUUGAUGACUCAAAGGAAGGAAAACACCUAAUAUCCAUGAAAUUCAAUAUAUUGGUUUGAUUGUUCUAAUACUGUGAUUUACAAACUUCACUUGUAAAUCAGAGACUGGCAUGGGAGUGGGUUUUGACUUCUGCUUUCACCCACUCCAAGAAAAAUUGAGCCCCAUCUCAAAGCAAUUUUUUACCAUCUCCGAUUUUGUGGUUUUCACUCCUUGUUAUUUUAGGCCCUUCUAAUGCUCAUUCCCAUCAUACAUAAUGAAAAUCAUUCCCAUCCAACGAAUCCUGUGGGCCUGUAAUGCCAAAUAACACCUAACUAAAUAUAGUCUUCCAAGUACAACCAGAACUGUAGUAGACUGGAAUAUUCAUCAAAAACUAGAGAUUUUAUUCAUGAGUUGCACUAGAGAAAACAAAAACAGGUCAUUGUUUUUAAGGUUUUAUGAGAAUUUAAAGACUUAAGUCCAAAAAGUACAAGAGAAAAGCAAAAUGUGAGUAAAGUUAUGUAAGUAUAGAAAAAGCAACCCCCAAAUUUUCAGAAAUCAAAUCUUAACACGAGAACGUUUAACACUAUCUGAGAUUCCGGUCCGUGUGUACAACCCCUAGC